AUGAGAUUAAACGUCAACAACUUUUCAGUAUGGAAAUGUUCGUUUGAAAGUUCGAACAGUCAAAAAGCGACCACAAUGCUCAUAGAUAGGAAAAUCAUUUUUCAUGAUUUAAGACUUCUUGACAUUUCGGUAUUGUUCACAUCCAUCCGCCUUGAACGUUAUAUUGCCUUUUUCAAACUCAGACCUGUUCAGUCUGACGAAGUUGAGAAGACAGUGAUAAUCGAGGUAAUGCUUCAUAAAUUUUUGAAGAGCCCGCAGUUACUAAAAGCAGAAAAGUCUGCUGUUCAUUGGGGGCUUCGGCAAACAAGGAUUUCAAUGCCAAGGUAUCAAAAGUCAUAA